AUGGUAUUAACAGAGAUAUUAUUGUACAUCCUUAUAUCAAACUUUUUGUUGACUCAGUCUAAUAGUGACUGGUGGUUGAACGAUGCUAUAAAGAAAAGUGAAACAAUAGAGCCGUUACCUCAACAUCUUCUGUUGAUAAAGAAAAUAUCUCUUCCAUUUUUACAUGAACACUUGCACAACAGUAAUACUCUAAAAAAAUGGACACAAAAAUUGAAAACUAAGAAUACUGAUGAAUUAAUUUUUUCUGAUAAAAUAUAUGAUACAUGGCAAGAUACAACAACAAUUAAACAUGAGGAAACUGCUACAAAAACAGAAGUUAAUAAAAUAAUUACAGAAAACCAACCUACAAAGACAAUCCAAAAUGCAUCUUAUACCGAAGACGUUUGCACAUAUAUGAAAGAAACUAUAUGUCACAAAAGAAGCGGCUUCGUUUACACAACAAAAUCGGAGAAAUCAAUACAGUCCAUCAAUAUCUUUAUAGUUUGCUGUAUUUUAUCAUCACCAGUAGAGAAUAACCUUAACAAGAUUCCUGAUUCCAUUAAAACAGAUGUAAUACGAAAUAAGAGAUCAAAUAAGGAAGUUUUACCUUUGAACCAGAGAGAGUUUUUGAUGCGAAACAAAUUUGUUAAUAAAAAUUCACAAGCAACAGCGACUACCACAAAAAUAAUUAGUCCAGAUGACGACUCCAUUGAUCCUUAUUGGAAUGUCAAAAGUUCUACAAAAGAUAGCUUGACAAAAGAAGAGAAUUAUGAUGAUUAUGUUGAAGACUAUGUAGUAGAAUUACCUAGCCCAGGACUGGUAGGCAUAUAUUCAGAAUACGAAAAUAAACCACCCAGUUGGACAAUUGAAAAUCCUAAUCCCCCCUAUAAUGCUGAUGUUUAUAGCGAGGAAGACGACAACACUUCGUUUGGGUACUCUACUAUUGACCCUAGGAGAGUGUCAAAACCGCAAAAUAGACGGAGACCAAUUACUACAGAACAGCCAGAAGAAGACACGACGGUGGAUGUAGAAAGACAAACGAUACAUUUUCACUCGAAUCCGAACUUUCACGUGUUACAAGGAUUCAAACUUCUAAACUUGGGGCGGACUAAAAGCAAAUAUUAUUCUAGACGAAGCUCGACCGAAUCGAAUAUUGGAAAUGAUAGCAAUGAACGAGUUGAUGAACAAGUUUACAGAAAUUGUGGAAAGACAUAUAAAAAUAGUGAGACUCAAAAUCGCGAUAAAAAAUUAAGCGAAGCAGAAACUGGUUCUCACCCUUGGCUAGCCGUAGUAGUACUCUCGAGAAGACCUCGAAAUGUGCUGUGUUACUCUACGAUCAUCCACCCACGAAUGGCAGUCACGGCUGGAGAUUGUGUUAGUGAUUAUACCACUAGAACGUCUGCUAAAGAUGCUUUAGCAGUAAUCACCGGCUUAGAAGAUAUUAAUGAGAGAUCGGAAACCCAAAAUCGUAUAGUAAUGAUUAAAUUGCACCCUCAGUGGAGACGUGAAAUCUUAUCAAAUAAUCUUGCUAUACUGCAUUGGGCCCGUCCUCUUCGAUUUAACUCAAAAGUCCAACCAGCUUGCCUAUCUAGUUUUCACGAUGAAGAAGAGUGUAAGUUUUAUGGAUGGGGUGGAUUCGAUCAAGCUAUGCGACAGCGGAGUCGAUGGCAGAAGGCAUCAGUGGUGCCAGCACACGAUUGCAGAAAUAAUUUCGCCAAAGUGAUCGCAUUACCAAGCGAAGCUUUCUGUGCAACCGUUCAGUCACGUGGCAUUGUGGUAUGGACUGAGCUAAUUGUCUAAUUUCAAAAUCUAUCAAGCAAUCCCUUCCAAAGAUAUACCGCCUGUGAAAGCUAUUAUAGAAUAAGGUUAGGUACCCUUUAAAGUCGCAACCGUUUUUGGAAGGAAUGAUUUCAACGUCAAGAAACAUGUUAAAAAAAUAUAGUAACUAAUUCUAAAGUAAUAUUUGCGCUUAACUCUUGCCUUUCAAUAAAAAAAUAAAAAUUUUAUACAAUAUCUUUCAAAAAAAAAGUUGUAAUCCUGAUCUCUACAUGUCUAAUAGUUGUAGCCUCUGGAUCCGGAAUUUGUAACCUCAAUAAUUAACCCCCGGGUUCUUUUAACAGUUAUUCAGUAAGUUUGUUUAUCAUUACUCAUAUUAUUAUAAAGAGGAAAGAUUUCAUUACUUUCACCGAAACUACUGGAUUAUGAUAUAUUUUAAAUAUUAUUUCACCUGUGUAAAUUUUAGCCUAUAAGUCAAACCCUACAUCACACGAGUUUGACAUAUAGGCUACAAUGUAUGUGUGCGAAGUCGCGGGAAAGCAACUAGCUAUUAUUAUAUUUUACAGACAGGACUGGGAGGAUCGCUCAUAUGCAAUAUCGAUGGCCGCGACACUUCUGUCGGUGUGGCAGUCUAUAGCGACAGUGCUGUCGUGCUCAACUCUGCUCACGAUUGGAUACUUCGUGUGAUGAACGAUUUAAAUAUAGAAUAAAACAAAAAUAGUCAGUUGCACAAAUGUCCAUUAAGGUUUAUUGACCCCUUUAUCUCUAAUGAAUGUAAUUUGUACCGGUAAUAUCGUUUUAAACUUAUGACAGUUUUAAUGGACGUUUGUGCAACUUGCCGUAAAUGAUCCAAGAUUUGAUCUGGUACAUGGUUUGUCUUCGUUUUUUGACUUAUUCGAUCGCCGCGCAGAUGAGUAUUUGCGUGGACUUAAAUAA